GGCGGGGCGGAGGAAUGAAGCGCGGAGCUGUUCGCCGCUCCAGGUGCUGAGUCCGAGGGAGGCUCCGGAUGCGAGAGCCGCGGUCUCCGCUGCAGCUGCCGCCGCCGCCGCCGCAGCCUCAGCCGCCGCAAGAGCCGGAGCUGUGAGGAGCCGGGACCGUGAGGAGCCGGGAGGAGCUGGGUGCGCUGCCGGGCGCUGACCGCCCUCCCGACCGCCGUCAGAGGUUUUGACUCUGCGGUGACAUCCCCUCUUCGGAGAAAAGGACUACAAGGUCCGAGUGGCCCCUCCUCAGGUUCUCCGGCAGGCCUUGGCGGCCCAGCAUGGCCCACUGAGGUGAACCAUGACGGGCUGGCCCCCACGCACUGCUGACCAUCCAGAGUCACGUCUCACCAGGAGGUGACCCUUCCUCCGGCUGCCCCCCCCAACUCGCCCACCCCCGCCAGGAAAGUGCCCGCGGCUGCCACGGACACCAUGUAGUAGGGCCGGCCGCGGCGCCCAGUGAGCUGCGAUGGUUUUGUACACGACCCCCUUUCCCAACAGCUGUCUGUCCGCCCUGCACUGCGUGUCCUGGGCCCUCAUCUUCCCAUGCUACUGGCUGCUGGACCGGCUCCUGGCCUCCUUCAAGCCCACCACCUACGAGAAGCGCCAGCAGGCGGACGACCCGUGCUGCUUGCACCUGCUCUGCACCGUCCUCUUCACGCCUGUCUACCUGGCCCUGCUGGUGGCCGCACUGCCCUUCGCGUUGGUCGGCUUCCUCUUCUGGUCACCCCUGCAGUCUGCGCGCCGGCCCUACAUAUACUCACGGCUGGAAGACAAGAGCCUGGCCGGCGGGGCAGCCCUGCUUGGUGAAUGGAAGGGAACAGGGGCCGGCAAAAGCUUCUGCUUCGCCACUGCCAACCUCUGCCUCCUGCCAGACUCGCUCGCCAGGUACAACAACCUUUUUAACACCCAAGCACGGGCCAAAGAGAUCGGGCAGCGAAUCCGCAACGGGGCCGCCCGGCCCCAGAUCAAAAUCUACAUCGACUCGCCCACCAACACCUCCAUCAGCGCGGCCAGCUUCAGCAGCCUGGUGUCUCCGCAGGGCGGAGACGGCGUGGCCCGGGCCGUCCCCGGGGCUAUCAAGAGGACAUCCUCUGUGGAAUACAAGGGUGAUGGCGGGCGGCACCCUGGUGACGAGGCUGCCAAUGGCCCGGCCUCCGGGGAGCCGGCUGACGGCUGUGGCCUCGAGGACGCCUGCAUCGUGCGCAUCGGUGGUGGUGGCGAGGACGGGGGCCGGCCACCUGAAGGCGACGACGCUGCCCCUGGGAGCCAGGCCAGGAAUGGCGCUGGCGGGGGCUCGAGGGGCCAGACACCCAACCACAAUCAGCGGGACGGGGACUCGGGGAGCCUGGGCAGCCCCUCAGCCUCCAGGGAGUCCCUGGUGAAGGCGCGAGCCGGGCCGGACGGCGGCAACGGGGAGCCGGGUGUCAACAGCAAGCUCCUGUACAAGACCUCGGUGGUGAAGAAGGCGGCCGCACGCAAGAGGCGGCACCCAGACGAGGCCUUUGACCAUGAGGUCUCAGCCUUCUUCCCCGCCAACUUGGACUUCCUGUGCCUGCAGGAGGUGUUCGAUAAGCGGGCAGCCACCAAGUUGAAAGACCAGCUGCAUGGCUACUUCGAGUACAUCCUGUAUGACGUCGGGGUCUAUGGCUGCCAAGGCUGCUGCAGCUUCAAGUGUCUCAACAGCGGCCUCUUCUUUGCCAGCCGCUACCCCGUCAUGGACGUGGCCUAUCACUGUUACCCCAACGGGCGGAACUCCGAUGCCCUGGCCUCCAAGGGAGCUCUGUUUCUCAAGGUGCAGGUGGGAAGCACACCUCAGGACCAAAGAAUUGUCGGGUACAUCGCCUGCACGCACCUGCACGCCCUGCCAGAGGACAGUGCCAUCCGGUGUGAGCAGCUGGACCUGCUUCAGGACUGGCUGGCUGAUUUCCGAAAAUCUACCUCCUCGUCCAGCGCAGCCAACCCCGAGGAACUGGUGGCGUUUGACGUCAUCUGCGGAGAUCUCAACUUUGACAACUGCUCCUCUGAUGACAAGCUGGAGCAGCAGCACUCCCUGUUUACACGCUACAAGGACCCCUGCCGCCUGGGGCCGGGGGAGGAGAAGCCGUGGGCCAUCGGUACCCUGUUGGACACCAAUGGCCUCUAUGAUGAGGAUGUGUGCACCCCUGAGAAUCUUCAGAAGGUCUUGGAGAGCGAGGAAGGCCGCAGGGAGUACCUGGCAUUUCCCACCAGCAAAAGCCCGGGCCAGAAGGGUCGGAAGGACCUGCUGAAGGGCAAUGGCAGGCGCAUCGACUACAUGCUGCACGCCGAGGAGGGGCUGUGCCCGGACUGGAAGGCGGAGGUGGAAGAAUUCAGUUUCAUCACCCAGCUGUCCGGCCUGACCGACCACCUCCCAGUGGCCAUGCGGCUGAUGGUGUCUGCAGGGGAGGAAGAGGCGUAGACCAGCCACGUCGCCGCCGGCGUCCGGAGCUGCGGGGCCUCUGACAGCCCUCUGAGCCGCAGCCCAUCCCUGGGCCACAUCCCCUCUGUGGAAUGCCCAGUGCUGCGGGGAGGAGGGCAUGGACCGGGAGGGAGCCGGUCAGGGACCAGGAGCCUGGAAGCAGCGCUGCUCUGGGCCCUCACUGCGGACAGACGAGUCAGGCCGGCCCGGGGAGCACCCGGCUGCCUAACCAGUGCCAUUCUUUCAAAACGUGAUUUUCUACAAAUCUACAGCACAACCUAGUUUGUAACCCGUGGGUUAGUAUAAGGACCGGGUUUAUGUACUCUUUGUAUCUCUUCUUAAGCUUCGUCCAGGGUUCAUUAUUUUUGUCUGCUGCCAAUGUUGUCUCGCAUGCCUGCACCCUCGCAUGCACGCUGCCCGCAUGCCACGUGCCACGCUGUAGCCACACAGACCCCUUGCUCGGGCCUCACCCAAGGCCAAACUCCAAACACAAUCAGAACCAGCCAAAGAAGCACUUCUUGGGCACGGCCGCCAGCUCUCCCAGCGUGGCCGCCAGCUCUCCUGCUCCAGCCCCGACGGCUCACUGCAGGGACCUGAGGGCUGUGUCUCUAUCGCCAGCCCAGGGCUCUUCCCAGGGUCUUGCAUUCAAGGGCGAUUACAUUUUAAAAAGAAAAACAGAUUAAGUUAAAAACACAAUCAACCCUUUACUUCAAAGGGUCUGCAAGUCACUCACAGAACUUUUGCUCUUCCUGAUACAGGGUCCCUUCCCGCCCAGGCAUGCCGGGGUCCAGCUGGCUCUGGCCGCCAUAAAGCCUCCUCCGGGAGACUCGGGCCUGGGCAAUGGAGCCAUAAACGGGGAAUCUGAGAGAGCACCUGCUUUUUUUUACAGGAAGAAGGGGACUCAGCAUAAAGGGGGGUGGGAGGGCCUCAUUUUGAAAAUGACAGAUUUAUAACUUCUCUUCUAUCAAAAUCAACACAUCCUCUUCUUUCUACCCUCCGGACACCUCUCUGGUUCGGGACCAAUCCUUCCCUGGGGACUGUCCCCACCCAGUGCCGGCUGAGCUCAGGAACCGCAUGCCUGCCCCCAGGUGGGGCUAUGGCUCUGGCCCCCCAGGCCCAUCCUCAACAGCUACCCCAGCCAACGCCAAGGCUCUGAAAAGGCAGGAUGCCAAGGAGAAGACGGCCUGUUCCCUCACCAGUGUGCAGGCUGGGGUGGCAAGGCCGACAGCCACUGCCGGGCAGGGAGUGGUACUGGUUGGUGUCCAGGCACAGAGCCACCCUGCUACUGGGUCCCCCAGCUAAGCGUGGCAGAGCUGGCCAACAGCCCACGGUCCCCCAUCUGCCUCCAGGCCUGGGGGAGGCCUGCAGCUCCCAGGCCCCCUCGGCAGCACUGCCUCUGCCCAUCUGCCUUUAACAGACAAUGGGGGCUGCUCCCCAGUCACGCGGCGAGGGUUUUGUCUGUUUCAAGGUGUAAGGCUCCAAUUUGAGGGACUUUUUGACAACCCCAACUGGUCUCCCCUCCUCAUAGCACCCCAACUUUAUAUCCAGCCUGGCUCAGAGCCAGCUCUACCUAGUGAGGCUGGAGGGAGCACCAGGGCCUGCUGUCAGCCUCCUGGCGCUGGUGCACUGACGCUGUGCCUUGUCACCCACUCAGCUGCAAGAGGGACUGAGGGGGCCAAGCAGCCAGCCAGACGACAGGCCCUGUGCCGGAGGACAGUCCUGCAGAGCCUGGUUAACUUUGCAAGGACACGCAUGCACAGUGACACUGGGUUGUCUGAACCCACCUGACCUAGGGAGCACCCCCAGUGCCAGGCCCCUGCUCCCCAGCAUCAGGAGCCAGGAAGGGGCUGCUCACGAUGAAGGCACUCCUGCCUGGGCACUCUGUCCUGCCCCAGAGCCGUGGCAAGGCUUGGUGGCAUGGAGGCCCCCACCCCAGGGUAGCCAGGACUCUGUACUCACAGGCUACAAGGGGAGCAGCCAGACCCAUAGACCAGACCCCAGUGCACCUCCCAUCACCCCAAGCAGCCUCCCCUCCUGGGAGUAGCAGGUGUGGGAGGCGGCCACAUGCUUCCCUCCUCCCAGCUCACAGGGCGGCCUUAGGCAAGUCAUACUGCCCUGUGCCUCAGUCAUUCUGUCAUCACAGGUCGCCUCUGCCUAUCCAGGUCCUGGUGUCCAGAGCAGGGACAUCCCGUCUCCCUGCUCCUCUCACACCUCCCUUAUCACCAAGGCCACGACCACCCAACCACGUGUUCCAUGUGAUGUACCUGUGGCCUCCCAGGCUUGUGUACAAGCCAGGAUUUUCCAUUUUGAUUUUUAAAAAAGACACAAAACAUCGCCAGGAUCUCAGUUUCUGUGGCAUCUAAGGCCUGGGAGGAGGUGGACACAGGGUCACCCAGCUCCUAACUGAGGCUCUGUGCCUGCCCUGAGCCAUCUCAAGGGAAGCCAUGAGGUGGGGGUCCACUAGGAAGGCACUGUUCAUUUCAUUCAUCCAAAACCUCCUUAAGUUUUAAGUAUGAAUAUUAAUCUUGAUGCUUUUUAACUAUUGUAUUAACUUGCUGAGAUUUAGAAAUACUGUUAUAAAAAAGAAAAAAACCCAACUUUUUAAAUUUCUGUAUUUUUUUUCUGUAUUGUAUCCUCAUGGGACAUUAGGGGUUUUCUAUGGUAAGCACACCUGAGGUUUUGGUAAACACAUUAUCAAAUAUAUAUCCAGAUGACUCUUCCCUAGAAGAAAAACAAUCUUUACACCUGAUAAAAUAUUUUGAAAAGAGAGGUCUUUUGUUUUGUUUUCCUUUAUUGGUGCUGAAAGGAAGGAUGGAUACUGAGGUGAAAAUAAAACUGUGAGGCUCAA